AGAGUGCCCUGGCAGCUGUCGUCCGGAAAGAACUGGUCUGCUCACACUUGCUGGCUUGCGCAUCAGGACUGGCUUUAUCUCCUGACUCACGGUGCGAAGGCACUCUCUGCCAACGUUAAGUCCGUCCCCAGCGCUUGGAAUCCUACGGCCCCAACAGCCGGAUCCCCUCAGCCUUCCAGGUCCUCAACUCCCGCGGACACUGAGCAAUGGCCUCCAUGGGGCUACAGGUAAUGGGCAUCGCGCUGGCCGUCCUAGGCUGGCUGGCCGUCAUGCUGUGCUGCGCGCUGCCCAUGUGGCGCGUGACGGCCUUCAUCGGCAGCAACAUUGUCACCUCGCAGACCAUCUGGGAGGGCCUGUGGAUGAACUGCGUGGUGCAGAGCACCGGCCAGAUGCAGUGCAAGGUGUACGACUCCCUGCUGGCGCUGCCGCAGGACCUGCAGGCGGCCCGCGCCCUCGUCAUCAUCAGCAUCAUCGUGGCCGCUCUGGGCGUGCUGCUGUCCGUGGUUGGGGGCAAGUGUACCAACUGCCUGGAGGAUGAGAGCGCCAAGGCCAAGACUAUGAUCGUGGCGGGCGUGGUGUUCCUGUUGGCCGGCCUUAUGGUGAUAGUGCCCGUGUCCUGGACGGCCCACAACAUCAUCCAAGACUUCUACAACCCGCUGGUGGCCUCUGGGCAGAAGCGGGAGAUGGGUGCCUCGCUCUACGUCGGCUGGGCCGCCUCUGGCCUGCUGCUCCUUGGCGGGGGGCUGCUUUGCUGCAACUGCCCACCCCGCACAGACAAGCCUUACUCCGCCAAGUAUUCUGCCGCCCGCUCUGCUGCUGCCAGCAACUACGUGUAGGGUGCCACGGCUCCACUCUGUUCCUCUCUGCUUUGUUCUUCCCUGGACUGAGCUCAGCGCAGGCUGUGACCCCAGGAGGGCCCUGCCACGGGCCACUGGCUGCUGGGGACUGGGGACUGGGCAGAGACUGAGCCAGGCAGGAAGGCAGCAGCCUUCAGCCUCUCUGGCCCACUCGGACACCUUCCCAAGGCCGCCUUCUGCUAGCAAGAACAGAGUCCACCUUCCUCUGGAUAUUGGGGAGGCACGGAAGUGACAGGGUGUGGGGGUGGAGUGGGGAGCUGGCUUCUGCUGGCCAGGAUGGCUCAACCCUGACUUUGGGAUCUGCCUGCAUUGGUGUUGGCCACUGUCCCCAUUUACAUUUUCCCCACUCCGUCUGCCUGCAUCUCCUCUGUUCCGG